CCCAGGUUUGCUUAGGGCGUGGUGGCUGUGGAUAAAGGCAGGACUCAGGCUACGCAGCCCACUCUCCCGGAACCCGAUCCUCCUCACAGCCUGGGAAGCACGCAGGAGCCUGGUGAGCUACAGUCCAUGGAGUGGCAGAGAGUCGGACACAACUGAGCGCGCAGAGAGAAACCGGGCGCUGUCUCCAGACCCCACCAGGCCAGCGAUUGACAUGCAAGAGGUGGCGCUGAGGCUGCUCGUCCUCCUGGCAGGCCUGCCUGCCUUGGAUGCCAACGACCCAGAAGAUAAAAACAGUCCUUUCUACUAUGACUGGUACGGCCUCCGGGUCGGCGGGCUCAUCUUCGCAGGGAUUCUGUGUGCCAUGGGCAUCAUUGUCCUCAUGAGUGGGAAAUGCAAAUGCAAGUUCCGACAGAAGCCCAGCCACCGUUCAGGAGAUGCCCCACCUCUCAUCACUCCAGGCUCCGCCCAAAACUGUUGAGAAUGGAUCAGCUCCAAGGACCACUCUUUCCCCAAGUCCUGGCUCUGCAAGGGAGCCUGAACUCCCAGAUGGAAUUCUCCACUCCCUCCUCAAACCGCCUGGCCAGGGCUCCAUCUCACCUCUCCCUGGAGGGGUCUCUGUUCAAUUUUUACUCUAAAAUGAUUUUUGUCUCAUACCCAA